CGGAAGUUCAAUACGCCUGUAGAAUGCUGCUGAUAAGAUGGACAUCGAUCUAGAGCCUGUAGCUCCUACGUCGCGUAAACGCCCAAGCACGCCCGGUCGUCCUCCUCGAAACCGCACUUUACUAGCAUCAGUCCAGGCUCAUCUCUCCCAACCCACACCAUCGAGAAACAAGCAUCUCGCAGGCGUAACCGCACGGAAGAACGAUGUCGCUCCCGAAUUUUUACCUCAUCCAUCAGGACACCAAGAUGCCCGUGAUGAGAGCGGUAGUGGUGAUGGUACGCCUGUCCUUCUUUCGGAGCUGUCGAACCUUCCUGCCAAUGCGCCGCCUGCUUCGUUGUCUUCUCAUCCUUCUCUCGAGCGGCGCUCGGAUGUAUCAAUGCCUCUCGGGGAAGAACGUACGUCGGUGGCAGGGCAUCAACGCGAAAGGAUCCGGAGCUUGUUUUCCGAUUCUAUCGCUAAAUGCACCGAUGAAGAGAACACGUUAGCUGGAGAGGAAACCAUCGCUUGUCCGUGCGGUACGCCGGGCGGAUGCACAGAUAAAUACAGAAACAAAGGUAAAGAAGAACAGCGCACCAAGACAUCGCCGUGCCUCGUCAUCAACCCUAGAAGCGUCGACGCGCAUCCCGCCCCUUCAUCGGGACUACCCCAAAAUCUAAACCCUAUUUCAGUGCCGCACAACUCUAAUCGCGUCGAUAUCCUUUUGGAUGUAGCGGAGCAUAUCCGGCGUAGCAAUCGGGAAGUCGCGACAUAUGAAUAUAGGAACAGAACAACCGCACCAUCAGCACGCACUUCCACAGAUAUGCGGGCAGUGUUGUUGCAGAGACUUGAAGGGGAGCAACAGCUGGCUCAGAGGGAUGUUGCAACCCCGAUCUCAAACUCUGCGUCGUUGACUGUAGAUCCCCCGUUGAGACGUCCUCCCGGGGGUGAGGAAGCUUCUGCGCUGGAGACGAGGCUGCGAACCCGGGCCUUAUUACGCGUCCGUCUUGCGGCGAUCAAAAGCAGUUCCAAUGGCACUGUGAUUGAAUUGUAAUUCAUUUAUUUUGCAUAGAUUGGGAGAAGAGGGUGACGGGGGCAUUAGUCGCAAGACCGUGGGGUACAUCCUCACCCAGCUAGUGGAUGGUUCCAUUGAUCUUGGACCUGAUAUGAUUGCAUAUAUUUUUUCACAAGAUAUCUUGGUGCAUGGAUCGCAGCACGAUGUCGCGCGUAACGGAAUUCUCCCGUUCACAGCCGUGUUUAACUUUUCCUGGAAGUAGUAGUACUAUACCGCGUACGCCUAGAUCUAUAGUACUUUCUCAGAGUCGCACCGGGUA